CGUCUGCCUGUGAGGCUCAUUUACAACCCCCACUCUGUCCUUAUAGCUGGGAUCUUUUUUUUUUUUACCUUUUACAACUAGGUUCAGUACUUUCUGAAUACUUUCCUUUUUCAGAUCCUCUUCGUUAUUGUUCCGCGCUCACCAUGUCGGAGGAAGAUAGGAGUACCCCCAGCAAGCCUUCCGGACCGAUCAGCCCUAAGCCGGAAUCUCCGACCACGGCACGGCCUUUGGACUUCGACGAUGAACCCCAGGAAUCAGGCGUGACGUCGGGCGCUACUUCUCAGCAGAAUGCCCCUCCGAAGCCACCUCGCCCAUUGAGUCCCCAACAACAGGCUGAAAAUACCCUCAAAGAGGCAUUCCCAUCUAUCGAGGGGUCCGUCGUGAAGGCCGUCCUGGUGGCGAGUGGUUGGGAUGUGGAACGAGCCUUCCAUGCUCUACUCGGGAUGACCGAUCCGAGUGCCGCGGAUACUGCCCCUCCGAAACCCCCGCGCCCUACUGCAGCCCAAAGACAACUGGAGGCCGAUGAAUUGUAUGCCCGUCAAUUGGCUGAGCAUUACAACCGCCGUGCGCCGCCGGCUCAGCAGCCAUACUCCGAGAGACCGAGAAGGGGGAGUGACCUGUCGGACGAGAGAGAAUACAGCUUCUUCGAUGAUGACCUUCCUGUGAUUCGUGAUAACCUCCGCAAAGGUUUCCUUGAUACCCAAACAAAAGUCUCUGGCUGGUUUCAAGAUCUGAAAAAGCGAAUCGAUGGUGAAGAGGAAGAUGGCCCACAGCCUUCGCACAAUUAUCGCGAAGCAGAGUACAGCCGCGCGAGACGCAGUGGAGACAUGGGCCGUCGCAGCGGGGACCGCGAACGUUAUGAUGCCGAUCCGCAACUGUUGAGUGAUGACUUCUCUGCGCUCGAGCUGAGAGAUGGAGAAGCACCUCCGCCCCGGCCCCCAAGACCGCUGGCGGGUUCGAACCUGUCCAAGCGUUCGUCGCCGUCGCCAGACAGGCGUAAGGUCUCUUUCCAGGAGGGACCCCCUACUGAGAUCAAUGAUUGCUACAGCGCACCCGCAUCGUCAAAGCAGAACCCUUCCGCUGGAGGAGGCAAAUCAAGCAAAUGGCAACCUCUCUCCACCGUGGAACCGUCCCCUGUUGCGGACAACGAUCCGUUCAGCCUAGGCGACAGCGAUGAUGAAAAAGACACCAAGCCCAAGGAAAACUCUCCUGCGGACGAGGGCAGUCGUACCAAGAAGGAUAACACCGAGGCCACGACCGGCGACGCUGCAUCAAAGGACAAUAAGACCGAAGAUGCUAGCAAGUCGUAGGUCAAAACCUCCUGACCUUGUCUUUUGCUUGGCCUUCUGCGUAUCGCUAGUGGAUGGCUAUCGGUCCCUUUUCCUUUCAUAUAGUCUUGAUAUUGAUGAUACCAGAUAAUUAUGCGAGGAGGCACUGAAAGUGUGCAGCCGUUUGUUUUCAGCAUGUGCUAGUAAUUCAGUAAAGAUUUUAUAAUAAUU